AUGGCGUCCAGACUGGCGAGGAGUGCGGCUGGAGCCAGCAAACUCCGCCCAACAUCCCUCGCAAUUCGAAGCCUCCCAGCGCUCACCACACCCUUGACCUCGGUGCGAUAUGCGUCUAAUGUGCCGGCCGAAGACCCCAAGAAGAAGGCGCAAUCGAUCAUCGACGCCCUCCCCGGAAACAGUCUCGCCAGCAAGACGGCGAUUUUGUCCGCCGGCGCCGGUGCAUCCGUCUGGGCCAUCAGCAACGAGCUGUACGUGCUCAACGAGGAAUCCGUGGUUGCCUUCUGCCUGCUGUCCGUCUUCUACAGCAUUUUCAAAUAUGGUGGGCCUAUGUACAAGGAGUGGGCGGACGGCCAGGUGCAGAAGAUCAAGGACAUCCUGAACGAGGCGAGAAGCAACCACGCCAAUGCCGUCAAGGAACGUAUCGAGGACGUCAAGCCCUUGAGCAACGUUGUCGAGAUCACCAAGCAGUUGUUUGAGGUUUCAAAGGAAACUGCCAAACUCGAAUCCCAGGCCUUUGAAUUGGAGCAGAAGACCGCUUUAGCUGCCGAAGCAAAGACCGUCCUUGACUCGUGGGUCCGUUACGAAGGACAGGUCAAGCAACGCCAGCAGAAGGAGCUGUCCGACAGCAUCAUCGCCAAGGUCACCAAGGAGCUCGAAAACCCCAAGGUGUUGCAACAGAUCCUCCAGCAGAGUGUGGCUGAUGUGGAGAAGCUGGUAGUCAGCCCAAGCAAGUCUCAAUGA